ACGCUGGGACGUCUCGUGGGCGGGAGGCGGCGGGCGGGUGGCGGCAGCGGCGGCAACGGGAGCGGGCAGAAUGGUGAAGCUGACGGCGGAGCUGAUCGAGCAGGCGGCGCAGUACACCAACGCCGUGCGGGACCGCGAGCUGGACCUCCGCGGAUAUAAAAUCCCUGUCAUUGAAAAUCUAGGCGCUACCUUAGACCAGUUUGAUGCUAUUGAUUUUUCUGACAAUGAGAUCAGGAAGCUAGAUGGUUUUCCUUUGUUAAGAAGACUGAAAACAUUGUUAGUGAACAACAACAGAAUAUGCCGUAUAGGCGAGGGACUUGAUCAAGCUCUGCCAUGUCUCACAGAACUCAUUCUCACCAACAACAGUCUUGUGGAACUGGGUGAUUUGGACCCUUUGGCAUCUCUCAAAUCACUGACUUAUCUAAGCAUUCUAAGAAAUCCCGUAACAAAUAAGAAGCAUUACAGACUGUAUGUGAUUUAUAAAGUUCCACAAGUCAGAGUACUGGAUUUUCAGAAAGUAAAACUCAAAGAGCGUCAGGAAGCAGAGAAAAUGUUCAAGGGCAAACGGGGUGCACAGCUUGCAAAGGAUAUUGCCAGGAGAAGCAAAACUUUUAAUCCAGGUGCUGGUUUGCCAACUGACAAAAAGAAAGGUGGGCCCUCUCCAGGCGAUGUAGAAGCAAUCAAGAACGCUAUAGCAAAUGCAUCCACCCUGGCUGAAGUGGAGAGGCUGAAGGGAUUGCUGCAGUCCGGUCAGAUACCCGGCAGAGAGCGCAGAUCAGGUCCCACUGACGAUGGUGAAGAGGAGAUGGAAGAAGACAUCGUCACAAAUGGGUCCUGAUCAGUGUGGCAGAUGCAAUAGACUCUCUUGGGAUAAGUCUUGGUUUUUGAACACAGAAUAAUGGCCUUGUUUGUGUCAGCAAAGUGGGAUCUGUCAGCAUCGUUGAAAUGUUUGAAACUGCUUCUGAUAAUUUUGUAAUGAAUUUUGAAAUCUAAUGUCAGUUUUCUACAAAUGUGAAAAAUAAAGGCCAUUCGCUGUCCUGCCAA